AUGACCAGAAUUCUUUGUGUGGCCGAGAAGCCAUCCAUCUCCCGGGCAGUCACAAACCACCUCUCAGGGGGGAGCUUUCAAACACACAACACUCGACUCAAUUUCAUCAAGAAUUACUCCUUUGACUUCGACUUUGGGCCUCCCUGGGGUAGCUGUUCUGUGACAAUGACUUGCGUUGCUGGCCAUCUUACGAAUCUUGAGUUCCCUGGAGAAUUCAGGAAGUGGGAGUACCCUCCGCCUGAUCGUCUAUUUGAUGCUCCUGUUCAAGUCACAGUUCCAGAUGAUAAGAAGUUGAUUGCCAAGAACAUCGAGGAUCAGGCGAAAUAUGCGCGUGCUCUGGUCAUCUGGACUGAUUGCGAUCUCGAGGGCGAGCACAUUGGGAGUGAGAUCCGAGAGGCAGCAAGAAAAGGCAACAAUCGAAUCGAGACUAAGCGGGCAAGGUUUAGCCAUACUGAGCGAGCCCAUAUCCUCACUGCGGCCAGAAGACUGACGACCCUCGACGAUAAGCAGGUGGACGCGGUCUCCGCCCGCAUAGAACUCGACUUGAGGAUCGGCUACGCGUUCUCGCGUUUUCUAACCCUAAAUCUCCGUCCAUUGGGUGGGCCCAUGUCAGAACUGGUCCUGACCUAUGGAUCUUGUCAAUUCCCGACCCUUGGCUUUGUGGUGGACCGAUACUUUCGAGUCAAAAAUUUUGUCCCCGAGCCUUUCUGGGGGAUCAAGGUGAUGCAUACCAGGGACGGCGUGAAUGUCAACUUCAACUGGUCCAGGGUUCAUCUCUUCGACCGUGCCUCGGUCAUCAUCCUAUACGAGAAGUGCCUAUCUGCUCGCACAGCCAAGGUCUUGAAGGUCCAGGAAAAGCCGACCAAGAAAUGGAGACCGCUUCCGCUCACCACCGUUGAGCUCCAGAAGAUGGCCACGCGGUUUCUUCAGAUGACGGGUCAACAAGCUAUGAAGGCCGCCGAGACACUGUACGAGAAGGGGUUCAUCAGCUACCCCAGGACAGAGACUGACCGAUUCGAUCGAGCAAUGGACCUGAGGACAUUGGUCCGCAAGCAAACACAAGAUAAUAGGUGGGGGCCGUUUGCACAGAACUUGGUUGACGGUGCCUUUCAACAGCCUCGUCAGGGUCGUCAUGACGAUAAAGCGCAUCCGCCCAUCCAUCCGAUUACUUACGCAACAACCGCCGUGCUCAAUAAUGACCAGCGUCGAGUCUAUGAGCUUGUUGUCCGCAGAUUCCUGGCCUGUUGCUCAGAAGACGCCAAGGGUAUGGCUACAGAGAUCGAAAUUGCCUACGGGGAGGAGACAUUCAAUGCCCGGGGUGUCGUGGUGCUGGAGCGAAAUUAUCUAGACGUUUAUCCGUACGAGAACUGGACUGGCACUUCCGAAUUACCCAAGUUUACUGUCGGUGAAACCUUUGAGCCCACUGAGGCUAUGAUCAUGGAAGGGAAGACGACCGCGCCGGGUUAUCUAACCGAGGCGGAUCUCAUUUCUCUGAUGGACGCGAACGGGAUUGGCACGGAUGCAACAAUGGCCGAACACAUUGCGAAGAUCCAAGAGCGGGAGUAUGCCCGGGCCGUUGAUGGUCAAGGAAGGGCCGGGGAUACAGGCGGCCAGGAGGACGACGAGGACUCUGGCGAUGAUCGGCCGGCCGCAGGCGGGCGGGGCGGACGGGGGGCUCGCGGUAACCGCGGGGGACGCGGGGGACGAGGUGGGAGAGGGGCUAGAGGUGGGGGUGGAGGAGCAGGUCGCUCAAGAGGUGUGAGGCAGUUUAUCCCAACCAGCCUCGGAGUUGCCCUCAUUCUAGGAUUCGACAGGAUGAACUUCGAGACUAGCCUUGGCAAGCCCUUUCUCCGCAAGGAAAUGGAGCUGAAGAUGAAAGCAAUCUGCGAGGGGCAGACGACGAAGCAGGUAGUCCUGCAUGAGAGCCUGACUAAAUAUCGGCAGGUGUUCGACCAGUCGCAGGAGCAGCUCAACGUCCUGAAAGCCUCUUGCAGGGAAUUCGUCUUCCAGAACUGA